ACAUUUUUACAAUGUGCUUUUAAAUAAGAUGUACAUUUGAGUUUGCCUUCCAUCCUAAAGGCUGCACUGUGUUAAUGCAGAUUUUUUUGCUUGGAAAGAUCAACAAGAAAAUGUCAUGGUUUGAACGGCUGAUUGUUAUUUUAAGUACUAAGAAAAACUGUGUUUUGACUAAACACGACCCAUAAAUCACCUGCAUUUGGUCUGCUUCUUCUGGGGUCAAAGUCGUCUGUGCAAUGUGAGGAAACAGUACUGUUCUGCAAGGCAGUGCAAUAUUCGCUCUUACACAUCAUUACAGUAGCAGGAUUACCACUGACCACUGCCUCUCUUGGGAAGUAAUCAGACUUUAAUUAUACCUUCUUAACCACUUGAAACGUUCCAUGUGGCACAGUGCAGAUUAUUAAAUUGGGUAAUCUUCACUCCUCAUCUUAUUCGUCAUAGUGGGAUCAGCAAAUCAAAAUAAUCAGCAAAUCAAAUGAUUUUGCAUUCAUCCCAUAUUCCUUAAGCCUUAAAAUGAGAGAUUUCCCUUUGAAUUGAGUUCACCAUAAAUGGGAUGCAAGUAUAAGAGAAUUGUGAAAACCACAAUCACCGUUAUUAUUUCUACUGAAAAGUAUGCACCACAGAGCUGGCUCUGUUGAGUAACUUUGGCUCACAGAGUAUAGCAUUCCAGGCUAAAAGCAAACCAAACAGAUAUUGCCCUCAAUACUGUCUUCAUAUUUUCCCCAUAUUUGGAAAUGUUUACCUCCUCAUGAUGGUUGACAGAGAUUGGAAGAGGGGAUGUGAGUCAUUUUAGCUGCAUAGUACUUUUGAAGGGUAACUGCAGCCCUCUAAGGGGAGACUAUUUAGUGAAUAUAUCGGUUUUCUCUUCUCCCAGGAUCUGGAGACAAAAUAACCAUGUGGAAUCCCGCCAACAAUAAUGACCAGACAGGACAGGUGGCUGUCAGGAUGGAGACCACACCAACUUUAGGCAGUGCCAGCAUCUCCAUCUCCCAACAGCAGGCGCCUAAGAAAUUUGCCCCCAUGGUUGCACCUAAGCCCAAGUUCAACCCUUACAAACAAACGGGGGACCCCGCCCACUUUGACCCUACAGAUUAUCCCCCUCCUCCGCCACCUGUUGAAGAGUCCACUGGUUUCCCAACACCCCCUGGUACUUACCUACCACCAGCAAUGAACUCGUACGAUUUCCAGAUAAAAGGACCAGAGAAGACCCUGGAGGAGAGGCGCUCCAGUCUGGAUGCUGAGAUCGACUCCCUCACCAGCAUCCUGGCAGACCUGGAGAGCAGCUCGCCAUACAAGCCGCGCAGCACACAGAACUCUGGAUCCUCAGCAACCUCUACUCCCAGUGCUCCGGUCACUGGUUACAAAAGGAUGGUCAUCCCAAAUCAGCCUCCUCUCACAGCCACCAAGAAGUCUACACCCAAACCUCAGAUUCCUGGGGGAGGCUCUCCCACUUCCCCUGCCUCUGUCAGCCCGGUGGCCAAGCCUCAAAGCCACAUGGCUCCUCAGCCUGUCCCAGCAUCCUAUGCAACAGCCUCAACCCCAAGCCAACCUACCUUUAAUGUCCAGGUGAGGUCAGCCCAGCCCGGACCCCAGCAUCCAGUGCCUGGGAGCCAACAUUUUAAUCGCAGCCCUGCACAGGUGCAGUACAUGCCUGCCCAACCCAAAGGUCCCGACUUUGCCUAUGGACCGCCGCAGCCCGGCUUCUCCCCAAUGGGUCAGGGAAUUGCAUAUCAUGAGCAGCACCAUCCAGGGGCUUUACAAGGAGGGGGGCGAGGAUUUCGAGGGCCUGCUCCCACCCAAGCAUACCAGGCUCCUGACCCCAAGAAAACAUACAUCACAGAAGUACCACCGAGCUUAGCUCCAUACACUUCUGGACCAGCUGUUCCGCCAAAGGGCAGUGCUCCUGUGGUCCACCCAGAAGAUGAACUGGAGCGCCUGACCAAAAAGAUGCUGUUUGACAUGGACAACCCACCUUCUGAGGAAUACUUUGGGCGCUGUGCCAGCUGUGGAGACAACGUGGUGGGUGAAGGCACCGGUUGCACUGCCAUGGACCAAGUCUUCCACGUCGAUUGCUUUGUGUGCAUGACCUGCAGCACCAAGCUGCGUGGAAAGCCCUUCUACGCCGUCGAGAAAAAGGCGUACUGCGAACCCUGCUACAUUAAAACGCUGGAGACCUGCACCAUCUGCAGUAAGCCCAUUAUGGAGCGCAUCCUGCGGGCCACGGGGAAGGCCUACCAUCCUCACUGCUUCACCUGCGUGGUGUGUCACCGCAGCUUGGAUGGCAUCCCUUUCACCGUGGAUGCCUCCAACCACAUUCACUGCAUCGAGGACUUUCACAAGAAGUUCGCUCCACGCUGCUGUGUGUGCAACGAGCCUAUAAUGCCUGCUCCUGGCCAGGAGGAGACCGUCCGUAUCGUGGCCCUGGACCGUGACUUCCACGUGCAGUGUUAUCGCUGUGAGGACUGUGGCUCCCUGCUCUCAGAGGGGGACAACCAGGGCUGCUACCCUCUGGACGGACACGUCCUCUGCAAAAACUGUAACACCGCCCGCAUCCAGGCCCUCACCGCCAAGGCCACCACUGACCUCUGAACAGCUCCUGGACUGGUCACCUUCUGUACUGUGAUAACAAAACAAUCUCCAUUUCUCCCUCUCACAGUCGCAUCCAUGAGUCCGAACAAAAUGAUAUUAUAUAUGAGAAUCUCACUCUUUGUCUAUAUACAUAUAUAUUUACAUAUAUAUAAAUAUAUAUACAUAUAUGUGUAUAUAUAUAUAUACACACAUAUAUGUAUAUGUACAUAUAUUUAAAUAUAUAUACGUAAAUGUAUAUAUAUUUACAUAUAUAAAUAUAUGUAUGUGUACAUAUAUAUAUAUAAAAGCAGUAUUGACUCGGUACAGUCGUAGCGUCGACCUACUUGUAUUGAUCAGUUUUAGUUUAUUAUCCGAUGAUUAUACUGUACGUUUCACGAGUUGUUCAAUCUCAAUCCCAUUAUUUUACGCCUGUUUACUUUGUGCGAGGCACGUGGCUAACUUAGGAUUUAAAUCUUCAAGUUUAGCUGAAAAGCAAAAAAAAAAACAAAAAAAUUGUCAGCUCAGCGAGGCUGUCCGUUGUCCUUGUUGGGGGUGGGUGUGGGGGGGGGGGGUUAUGCCAGUAAUUUUACAAAUUGUUAUUGUGUGAGAAAGGGAAAAUUCUUAUUUUAUUAUUGAGUCGUGUUCCUUUUGGACAAGAUCAGGCAAAUGAGGUUAAAAAAACAAAAA